UAAAAUUGUGAUUGAACAAUUCAUGGAAUAUUACAAAGGUCAAGGAAUGGAUUUAUAUUGGAAGGAAAAUUUCAUCUGCCCAACUGAAAAAGAUUAUCAUAGUCUAGCAUUAAGAAAGAGUGGUUGGCUAAUCGAAUUGGUGGUAAAAUUAAUGAAACUAUUUUCUACUUAUGAAGAAGACGUUUUGUCGCUAGCAAGUACUCUAGGAUUGUAUCGCCAGAUACAUGAUGAUUAUUGCAAUUUACGGCACGAUGAGGAUACUAAUGAAAACAGUUAUUGCGAUGAUCUGACCGAAGGAAAAAUGAGUUUCCUAAUUAUUCAUGCGCUUAAAAACAAUCCUGACGAUAAAAAAUUAAUAAAUAUUUUGAAACAACGAUCGAAAAAUAUUGAAGUAAAACGUUACUGCGUUAAAAUAUUAGAGAGUUACGGCUCAUUUAAGUACACGAAAGAUGUUCUUGAUGAAUUGGAUAAAAAGAUGAGAACCGAAAUUGAUCGUUUAGGUGGUAAU